CGGAGCCCCGCCCACCUCCCCACCCGCCCGCGGAAGGAGGCGGACAGCGGAGAGCUCCCGCCAUCCAGCCCGGCGCCACUCCCAGCUGCUCCGGCUCGGCACGUCGUCGGCACCGCCGGAGAGGAGCGCUGCGCAGACGCCAUGGAGGUGCUGCUCAUCUUGCUGUGCGGCCUGCUGGCCCCCGCCAUCCUGGCCAGUGCCGAAGAACAGGAGAAGGAAAAGGACCCUUUUCAUUAUGAUUACCAGACCCUGCGGAUCGGGGGCUUGGUGUUUGCCGUGGUCUUUUUCUCCGUCGGCAUCCUCCUCAUCCUGAGUCGCAGAUGCAAGUGCAGUUUCAGCCAGAAGCCCAGGGCCCCGGGCGAUGAGGAGGCGCAGGUGGAGAACCUCAUCACUGCCAACGCGGCGGAGCCCCAGAAGGCGGAGAACUGAGGCCGCCCGCGGGCAGAGCCUGGAGGCAGCCGCCUGGGCCAUUAGAUGCGAUGCCGACGCUUAAGAAAACCAGCCGCCAGCAGCAGCUUUCCCGCCGUCCAGGACCCGCGUCUCCACACCCACCCCUGAACAGCCCACGUGGUCCUCCCCCUUCCCACGCAGCACGGCAUGUGCACUCCGUGAUGUGUCUGUGUGUGCGCGCGUGUGCGCGUGUGUGUGUGUAUGUGUGCGUGUGAUGCCUGUGGUCUUCGUGGCUGCUUGCCUGUGUCUGUCGCUGUUUCCUGAACCUGGACUCACCUCCUGGGCCACCAUCAGCUCCCCCCGCUCCCUGUGCGCCCCCCCCUCCGCUCCUGAGACCGGUGCCCUCUGACCUUUAGAGGUGGGGGCGGGGCUGGGGCCCGGAAGGCGUGCGCCAGCCUCGUGACCCUUCCUCAUGGCCUCUCCACUCCCUCUGCAAGAACCUGGUUCCCACACUCACCUGACCUGACCUGUUCCGAGGGCGUCUUAGCGAUUGGAGGUCACAGCCGGGAGCUGGGAGCCCAGCUGUGCUUCAGGCCAUCUCCUCCGGGGGCUCGCCCAGCUCCCUCCGCCGCCCCAAGCAGUGCCAGGCAGGCAGGCAGGCCCCGCUCCACCUGGGAAUGUGCCCUGGCAUACCUCUCAGCAAUAACCCCCCGGGCUCUGGGCCCUGCCCCCGCCACCUCCCGCUUCCCAGCUCCCCUGGACCCCGACCCCCACCCUCGCACUGGGUCUGGGCAGGCGGUCCAUUCUAUCAGGGCCGUUUCCCGGGAGGAAGCGGGAGUCAGGGCCUCCGUCUGUCCUGCCUGUCGGCCAGGUGAGCAGUGAUGGCCGCCUCUCCCUCUGUCUGUCCCUGGCCAGAGUGGGUGCAGUGGCCUGGCUGUUGGAAAACAGAGGUCAAAGGUCAUAAGGAGUGGGAAGCCAAACCAGCCCUGCCCUCCCAUGCAUCACGUCACCGUGGAAACGAGGCGAGCAUGUGACGGGCUGCUGUCUGCUGUGACCUGUCCUCUCCACACGGAAUAAAUACCAUUUGUCUCCUGG